ACUUCUUCUUCCCCAUUCAAUACUCUCACCCUUUUAUAUCUUCCCCAAUUACUUCAUUCUGAUUAAGCAAAGAAUCAAUCAAGCAAUCAAUGGCAUCCUGCCCUUCGCCCCUUCUUCCUCGAUCACUAUUUCCGCCUCAAGAUUUCCGCUAUUUUUCUCCGGUUAGAACUGCUCAGAUAAGAAGAGUAAAUAAGAAACCAGAAAAAGUUCACCCUAUGAUUCUGGCCGUCGCCGCCUCCAAUGCUGAGUUUCAACCGUCCAAAUUGGUGACUUUCCUCGGUAAAGGCGGCUCCGGAAAAACUACCGCCGCUGUGUUUGCAGCUCAGCAUUAUGCUACAUUAGGGCUCAAAACAUGUCUGGUGAUACAAUCUCAAGAUCCCACCGCUGAGUAUCUUCUAGACUGUAAAAUUGGAUCAUCUUCACCAGUCCAGUGCAAUGCCAAUUUGUCUGCUGUUAGACUAGAAACCACUAAGAUGAUUCUCGAGCCCCUUAAGAAGCUCAAGCAAGCUGAUCAACAGCUCAAAAUGACACAAGGUAUUCUUGAAGGGGUAGUUGGUGAAGAGCUCGGUGUUCUUCCCGGUAUGGAUUCCAUAUUUUCUUCUUUGGAACUUGAACGCCUCGUGGGAUUCUUCCUGUCUGAGAGGAAAGGUGGGAAAGCAAAGUAUGAUGUAGUCGUCUAUGAUGGUGUAAACACUGAAGAAACUAUACGUAUGAUCGGUGCUACCAGUAAAGCAAGAUUGUAUUUGAAAUAUAUGAGGAUGCUGGCUGAAAAGACUGAUAUGGGGAGGGUGGCCGGGCCGUCUCUCUUGAGACUUGUCGACGAUGCCCUGAGUCUAAGUGGCAAUGCUGUCAAUCGAACAAGUUCAGAGAUAUGGGAUUACUUAGAACAAACAUUGGAGAAAGGAUCUUCUAUCUUUGCAGAACCUCAUAGAUUUGGCUGCUAUCUUGUGCUGAACCCAGAUAAUCCAUUAUCGCUAAAUUUAGCAUUGCGCUACUGGGGUUGUGUGAUUCAAGCUGGCGCACAAAUAUCUGGUGCAUUUGGGAUACCUACUCAAAAUUCCCCAACGGCAUCAGCUGAAGCCGUCAAGAACAGCUUUGCACCAUUGCCUUAUGCUCUCAUUCCACAUCUCAAAUUCAGCAACCACCCCCAUUGGGAUGAGAUCAUCGCUAGUGAUCAUAGUACAUAUGCGAGAGAACUACUUUCAGACACUACCAACAAGAUCUUAUCUUCGGUCACGUUUGAUAUGCCCAAUAAAUCUGUGAAUCUGUUCAUGCCAGGUUUUGACAAGUCAGAGAUCAAGCUAUACCAAUAUAGAGGUGGAACAGAGCUGCUAGUAGAAGCAGGCGAUCAGAGGCGCGCAAUUCGUCUCCCUCGUCAAAUUCAGGGGAACGUAGGAGGUGCCAAAUUUGUUGAUAGGAGACUUGUGAUUACAAUGCGAUAGAUGUGUACAUUCAUGUAUACACACUCGUAUGUGUAUUUUGAGGCACAACAGAAACAAAAAAAGAUGACGUUUGUGUCAUAUUCUUGCAAAAA